UAACCAGUCGAUGCUCACCGAAGGCUCCGUUCCUCUCAGCUUUCUUACCUUAUUAACUUUUAAUGAUCUAAAAGAGUUUAUUUCUGAAGAGAAACCUGUUGAUCUUGGAUAAAACUAUAUUUAACCAACCUGGUUGAACUUGAUGAGCAGGAAUGGAGUAUUUCCUCCUUCUUCUGGUUUCCUUCGCCGCAUUGGUGUCUGCUACUGACGGUCGGACUAAGAUCACUGCAGAACCUGGAGAGAACGUCACUCUGCCAUGUAGAACCAAGAACAACCAUCCUGUUUUAGUUGUAGAGUGGAUCAGGAAUGAUAUGGGAGAAUUAAAGCAUGUUGCACUGUAUCGAGAUGGCAGGUUUGAUAAAAAUGGCCAGGAUCCAACUUAUGAGAACCGUGUGGAUCUACAGGACAGAGAGAUGAAGGAUGGAGACGUAUCUUUGGUUCUGAUGAACGUGACUACUAAUCAUACUGGAACUUAUGAGUGUCGAGUUAUUCAGAGAGGAAAUAAACGAAGGAAGAGAUCAAAUAUAAAAGGUGAUCCCAUCUGCAUCAUCAGCCUGGAUGUAGCCCCUCGUCCUCCUUCAGGAGACAAGGGUGUUCUACAGGGUGGACUACAAGAGGAUGGAGGAAAUGAGGAUGGAGGAAAUAAGGAUGGAGGAAACAGUGCUGGACUGAUAGCUGGAAUCAUUGUGGAGGAGAUCCAUGACCUAUACACCAAUUGUUUGGGGUCAGUCAAAAAAGCUCUGACUCACCAAUGUAUGAACUGCAGCAUCCUGCUGUUGUCUGUCAGGGAGAAAAGACUACUUCAGGUGGAAAAUCUUGUUUUUGCAGCUGAGCUGACACCCUCAGGUGUGCCUCAACCAGGAGGGGAUGUGCCAGCCAAAGACUUCAGUAGUCUGCAGAGGAAGAUGACCAGGCUGUAG